GAGAGAACAGGGUGACUGAAGAGAGGAGAGGGGAGAGAGAGAACGGGGUGACUGAAGAGAGGAGAGAAGUGGGUGACUGAGGAGAGGAGAGGGGGGAAGACUCGGUGUCCAUUCUGAGAUUCUUUGUAUUUACCUUCUCUUGUUCUUAUUCUGUACUGCUCUUGUCCCUUCAUACUUAAAGCAACUUCUCUCCCUCCCUCUGUCUUUCUGCCUCUCUAACCCUCUGUCCAUUAUGGCUGCGUCUUCUUCUCUGGAGGAGGACUUGACCUGCAGCGUGUGCUUUGACAUCUUCCGGAGGCCCGUGUUGCUGGGCUGUGGACACAGCUUCUGCCAUGAGUGCCUGACCUCUAGCUGGAGCUCUAGCCCAGGCCGUCGCUGCCCCGUUUGCCGACGCCCCUCUCCCCAGGAACCCGUCCUCAACUUCAGUCUGAAGAGCACCUGCGAAUCCUUCCGGCAACAGCAACAGCAGCAGCAGCAGCAGCAGCAGCAGCAGCAGCGACAACAGCAGCAGCAGCAGCAGCAGCAAAGAGAUGCCGAUCCCCAGAGGAGGAGGAAGAAAGAGGAGGAGGAGGAAGAGGAGAGGGACAGGCUGUGCUCUUUGCACGGCCAGAGGCUGGCAUUCUUCUGUGAGACGGACGAGCAGCCCGUGUGCACAAAGUGUAAGAACAUCGGGCACAGGGGCCAUCGCAUAGUAUCGGUGCAGACAGCACUGAAGGAACGCAAGGCCAAACUGUCAACAGCAAUAAGACCACUGAAACAGGCACUGGAUUCACUCAAAAACGGCACCAUUCUAGGCUCCAAUAACAUUAAGGAUGCUAAGAGCCACAUUGAGGACACAGAGAGGAAAAUGAAGAAGGAAUUUGAGGAUCUCCAUAAGUUCCUAUUGGCCGAGGAGGCGACCAGACUGAGCGCGCUCAGACAGGAGGCGGAGUCGUGCAACGGCGCAUGGAAGGCUGAGACUGACGAACAGAUUUUCGACCUCUCGCGGAAACUGGAGGACCUGGAGGAAAAGAUGGAGAAAAAAGACGCCAUCAGAUUCCUGCAGGACUUCAACUCUAUCCUAUGGCAAGCACAGAUCUCCAAUCCAGACUUGUUUUCAAGCUCGCCAGCUCCAACAAUAUUUUAUAUCAAUGUGGCCAAGCACAUGGGGAAUCUGAAAUUCAGAGUCUGGGAGAAGAUGAAGGGGAUAUUACAAUACUACCCGGUGACCCUGAACCCAAAUGCAGACCUCCGCUUCCUGACUCUGUCGGACGACCUGGCCAGUGUCAGCAGGGUGGACAACGAGUGGCCGGUCUUCUCAGUGGAGGGGUCAGAGGGCAUCGCCGAUGACAACUUCCACUCCUGGGACGUCGAUGUGGGAGAUGAGAAUUCAGAGUGGAUCAUUGGACUUGCGAUGCAUCGAGUGAGCCUCAGACAGUAUACCAUUCAUCCAGAGGGAUUGUACUGGGCCCUCCAGAGAAGAGGUGGUUUCUUCAGGGCCCUGACUCCAGCCACAUACCAGACUGGGAUGUUCUGGGUUACUCUGGAAAAGAAGACCCCUGAGGUGAUGAUACGGGUGCAACUAUGGCGUCCUUUCACCCUGAGGGAUCCGCCCACCCGGAGUUUGAUGUUUCUGAAUGCUCAGGAUGGGAGGUUGAUUCACAAGUUCAAUGACAUUCCAUGCCAAGUGCCCGUCUACCCGUUCCUCCUCCCAUCAAACAUGGCGUCCGUGCUCAGGCUGAUGCCAGCGGAGGUGACCGUGAUGGUGAAAGAGGAGGCGAGCUUCAUUCAGAAACAUGCCAACACAUUCAACUCCUUUGCCACCAGAUGCAAGACCUCUGCCAACGGAUUCAUAACUUUCAUUAGGAUUUUCUUUGUCGUUGUCCUCUUUGCCAUCCUCCUAGUGUUCAUCAGUGUUGCCACAGUUACUUUGAACAAGUAAUCCGAUUACUGAUUACUGACUACUCCUUUAAAAAGUAACUUAGUUACUUUACUGAUUACUUAAUUUCAAAAGUAACUAAGUUAGAUUACUUAGUUACUUUUUAAACUAAGCCCCCCCCCCCAUCAACAAUAGAUGCAACAACCUUCAAAAAGUAAUUUCAGGGAGGUAUCUAAAAAUACUGUAACCUACUGAGGUACUGAAAUAGCCUACAGAUGAAUAUGUUUGUUCCAUAAUGUCUAGUCAGUAUACUAAAUAAGUUAGGGCUAUAGAUAGAAACUGUGGUAGGCUAAUACAAUAUGAAGAUUUUGGGCUUUUCGUGUAUCCUUCUACUGUAGCCAUCUAGAAUAUGCCAAUUAAAUUGCACUUGUUAAACUCACCUCGACAAGUCUUUUGCAAUCAUUUAAUCCACCAUGGGCGAUGCUAAAAUCACUGUUAGCCUACUAACAGUGCAGUGCGCAAGACUAUCAUUAGCCUAUUUUUUUACUCUUAUGAGACAAGAGUACACUUUCGCGUUGUCUGGAGUUAGAUGCGGUCUUAAAUGUUACUUUUUGGGGGGCACUGACUGACGCUACUGUACUAUAUUGAACUGAUUAAUUUAGUUCGGGAGAAAAGAGAUAAAAGCCCGCCUACACUGAAAACGUAUCGGUUGAUAAUGAUAUAACGAAACAACCCAGUCAGGGUGCUCUGUUUUGGAUGCGCGUCAGGCACACACAGCACCCCCUCUCUCCCUCUCCGUUGCGUGCGUCAGGGAGGCGCUAUGCGAACUCGGGAUGUUUGGCUAGAUAGGCCUAGCACUUUGUCGCCAACCCAGAGUGUACAACGUACCUUAAUGUUGUCAUGUGUAGAUGACUCAAAGUCAAAAUAUCCUUACUGACUGUAUUUUCAUAUAGGAAACGCGCCUCUCUCCUCCCUGCAUUGCUGUUUGCGUUUGUGUCGCUGCGUGGAGCCUACACAUGAGUUGUCCUCAUGCUGAAAACGUGAGCAUGGCCUCACGACAAGAAGAAAGCAAAAUGAAAAUGACAAAAAUAGUAACGCACGGAGACUUGAUGAGUAACUUUAAUCCGAUUACUGGUUUGGAAAUAGUAGCGCGUUAGAUUACUCGUUACCGAAAAAAGUGGUCAAAAUACAGUAACGCGCUACUUAGUAACGCGUUACUGGCAUCACUGGUGUUCAUUUCGUCAGACCAGACGAAACUAAAUAUGUUCAUCAACGACCUUUUUAUCCCAAGACUAAGAAGAGACGAUGACAAGACUGCACCAAUGUCCUGAAACACUGACUAAGACUAUAUUACAGUUUUUACCCGUUGCUUGAACACUAUAGCAUGCUUAGACUAAAGUAACACAACUUGAAGCUUUUGUUACUAUAGCCUAUUCAAACACACAUACCCUAACCUUAAACAAAAGUGCUGCUUUGCACUCUAGUUGCAAUUCUGCAACACACUUACUCCUUUAUGCAACACACUAGGUCCUGCACUCUAUUUCAUACAUUUCAUUCACACUUUGUUCAGAAAUAAAUCUCAGGGUGCCAAUCGGAAAACACAUUGUAUCCAAAAUACAAAACACAUCCAGUAAUUGCAACCACUUUAUGUAGACUAGUGUGUUCCUCCUGAUCUGAAUGUGAAUGCAUAUGAUGCAAGUGUGUUUCCUUUUGUCACCAGAGUUACAUUUUGACAAAGGAUUGUUAAGUUUUGAUAGCAGAGUUUAGGUACUGAUAGUAGAGUUUCAAUUUGACAUACUGUAGAUGUGAAAGGUAGCCGAUAUUUCCUAGUGUUGUGUUAUGUUUACUUGUGUGUAGAGUUUUGGCACAGUGAGCGAAGUUUUGCAAAAUGUGUUCAAGCAAUUGUCAAAAACUGUAACAUGCAUUACUGUUGACGAAAAAAGACGAGACUAAAAUGUUUUGCAUGAUAUAAAAACUAAGAUAAAAUCUCUCUUCAUUUUCAUCUACGAAAUGAGCAGACAGUAUAUCUACCUGUUCAGCGUUCAAAAUAGUCCAAAUUAGUUUAUGCGCAGCAGCUGUAGGCUAGGCUACGCUAGCGCCCUAUAGGCGCCAGGCUAGGCUAUGCGCUGUUGCUGCAACCCUGUGGCAGCAACACCAAACUACAUGGAGCGAGAACACCGGAGAUUUCCAACUUCCAGCAAGAUAACUAACACUCUGCCACAAUCAGGUACCAAGUCCACGUAACAAGUUUGAACUUUGUACAUCAGAGUCCCCUUACCAAUAUUUGGACUUCAUACAUCAAAGCGUUGAUGAGAUAUGAGCUCACUUCCUGUUUGGCGGCUUCACAAUCAAUUUUGAUUGGCUGUAUUGAGUGAACGCUUAUGUGUAUUGUAACUCUGCAGCUUCGCCGCUAGACCCCCAAAUAUCAAACCAGAAUUCUUACACUGCAUGGUCAUUGUAAACAUUGUGAUUGAUAUGUAUAUAUUUUUUAGACAAAGUGCAAUACAAAAAGUAUUUCUGUUAAUAUGAAUAUUAAUCUGGUCGAAGUUUAUGAGGAUAUCUAUAAAUGGGAAAAAAAGUCCCAUUCACCUCUAGUGUAAUAAUAGUGUUAUCUAUAGUGUCACCUAUUGUGGUCAUUUUCAGGACUUUCGUCCCGGAUAGAGAUUUUGGCACACAUCCCACGUUGUUCAGUGGGGUCAUUAGUCUAGAACAGUUAAGAUAUUCUCCACUAAAUGAAGCGCAUACAAAUCUUACUCAGGACCUAGACUAAUUGGGGAAAAUGUACAUAGGCUAGCUGAAACACUAUUUGACUGAAAUAGUAGCCUAUUCAGAAGUUGCCUAUUGUUACAUUAAAAAAGCCUAAAAUGUUUUGACUAAAACCUGACUAAGAUACCUUGAGUUUUCUUUUGACUAAAACUAGACUAAAAUGAUGAGACUUUUAGUUUUUGACUAAAACUAGACUGACAACAUUUUUAUUUGAAUGACUAAAUAUGACUAAGACCAAAAAGGAAAUUUCGUCACAAAACUAAAACUAAGACUAUGAAACAUGAGGAAUAGUAAAUUAAUAUUUGACACAUUAUGGAUAUUAUUAUUGCAGUAGUAUGAGAACAUAUUGUUAUUAUCGUUAUUACAAGUACAAAUUGCAUAUGUGACCAUUCACAGCGAAAUCAGUCGUUUUGCGCACAUCGUUAUUUUGAGUAAAUCAACAAUAACAAACUUCCGGGUUAAAAUGUUGAAUUUCACGUUUUCGUAUAACUCGGCUGUAUACAGUCUACAGUUUCAUAUCGUGAACGCAUUUCACUGAUGUUUUGACUGUUAAACCCGGCGAAGAUUCAACACAUUUGCUGUCAUUCCCGUUGUGCACGAGCCGCUUAAACAGGUGAUUUCUCCUCUUCUGGCAUAUCAUGACAGGAGAACCAUGUCAACUUUGGAUGCGGUUAUCUUAGCGAUAGUUUGUGUAAUACCCUCGAUAUACAUAUCGUUGGAAAGCUUAGUUUAUGGCCGUUCACGUGAGCACAAUAACUUAAUUUACUACAUUUUACCGAAACGACUGGUUCCACUUUACAGGGUCACAUAUAAGUUAUUUUGGCAAAAGUAAAAAAGUGAAGCCUUUGGGCUGCUGACACUGGAUGGGCAAUAUUGCCAACCAGGGUUCAUAAAGGGGUGUGUGUGUGCGUGUG